UGGGAUGCAGGGUGGUAUACUGCUGGCAAAUUAAAUCAACUGGAGCUGAUUUGCUUGUGUUUUUAGUAUUGUAUGUCCAACAAUGAAAAACAUUUAAAUUCGUUAAUAUAAAAAUGGUAAUAUAAAUAAUAUAAUAUAAAUCGGGACGCGGGCCGCGGGCCGCCAGUUGGGGAGCCCUGAGUAUGGGCUAGCUAGCAGAAGGCAAGUGAUGGAGAGAAGGCCAGCCUCAGUUGGACCGAUUGCGUUAGCUACCCAUACUGAGCCCAUAUGUAUGUGUAUUUAUUCAUUUUCAGGCGUACAACUUUAAGUCCGUUAUAUUCCUAUAGCGUGGGUUAGCGUUAGCUAGUUCAUUCUCGUGAUGGAUGCGCAAAUAUCAGGCGGGACCGGUGUUGGUACAACCGCUAACGUUAGAUCAAAUUUGCCUAACGUUAGAUCAAAUUUGCAAGGACCCAGUUCAGGUAACGGGAGAAGGAUGACGUCCAAAAAAACGCGUUCAAAAAAGGGGAAAAGAAGAAAGAGACGGAGGAGUAAAAAGACGAAGACCAACAAAACACCACCAUAUUUACCACCGGAGGCUGAAGAAGGAAACAUUGAAUAUAAGCUGAAGUUGGUGAACCCCACACAAUACCGAUUUGAACACCUUGCCACCCAGCUAAAAUGGCGUCUUCAAGAGGGACGGGGCGAGGCAGUGUAUCAGAUUGGGGUGGAAGACAAUGGUCUGCUUGUCGGACUGUCAGAGGGAGACAUGAGAGCCUCACUGAAGACCCUACGGAGGAUGGCAGAGAAGGUUGGUGCUGACAUCACACUUCUACGGGAAAGAGAGGUGGAUUACGACUCAGACAGAAACUGCCGGAAAAUCUCAGAGGUUCUUGUCCGAAAAGUUCCAGACGACCAACAGUUCUUGGACCUGCGUGUGGCGGUACUGGGAAACGUGGACUCAGGGAAGUCCACGCUGUUGGGCGUGCUGACUCAAGGCGAGCUGGACAACGGGCGAGGCCGGGCACGCCUCAACCUCUUCAGACACCUUCAUGAGAUCCAAACAGGCAGGACAUCAAGCAUCAGCUUUGAGAUUUUGGGCUUCAAUAGCAAAGGGGAGGUGGUGAACUACAGUGACUCCCGUACAGCCGAGGAGAUUUGCGAGAGCUCUUCUAAGAUGAUCACCUUCAUUGACCUGGCCGGCCACCACAAGUACCUGAAAACCACAAUUUUUGGCCUCACCAGCUACUGCCCAGACUUCGCCAUGCUGGUGGUCAGCGCCAACACAGGCAUAGCUGGCACCACCCGCGAGCACCUGGGCCUGGCCAUGGCACUAAAGGUGCCCAUCUUUAUCGUGGUCAGCAAGGUGGACCUGUGUGCCAAAGGAACAGUGGAGCGCACAGUACGCCAGCUGGAGCAUGUCCUCAAGCUUCCCGGCUGUAACAAAGUGCCGAUGGUGGUGGCCAGCCCAGACGACGCCGUCACAGCCGCCCAGCAGUUCGCUCAGUCCUCCAGCAUCACGCCCAUCUUCACCCUGUCCAGCGUGUCUGGAGAGAGUCUGGCCCUGCUUAAGGUCUUCUUCAACAUCCUGCCUCCUCUCAGCAACAGCAAGGAGCAGGAGGAGCUCAUGCAGCAACUCACUGAGUUCCAGGUAGAUGAGAUCUAUACCGUGCCAGAUGUGGGGACAGUGGUGGGAGGAACUCUCUACAGUGGGGUGUGUCGCGAGGGGGAGAGGCUGGUGGUUGGCCCUACGUACGAGGGCCGUUUCCUGAGGCUGAAGGUGGGCAGCAUCCAUAGGAACCGCUCGGCAUGCAGGGUGCUGAGAGCCGGCCAAGCCGCCACACUGGCCCUCGGCAACUUUGACCGCUCGCUGCUCCGCAAGGGUAUGGUGAUGGUCAGCCCGAAGAUGAACCCCACCAUCUGCUGGCAGUUUGAGGCGGCCAUCGUCCUUCUCUUCCACGCCAAAACAUUCCGUCGGGGCUUCCAAGUGACUGUGCACGUGGGGAACGUAAGACAGACGGCUACCGUGGAGUGCCUGCAUGGAAAAGAGGAGCUGCGCACAGGAGAGAGGGCUGUGGUCUGCUUUCGCUUCAUUAAACACCCCGAGUACCUCCGCAUGGGCGCCAAGCUGCUCUUCAGGGAGGGCGUGACCAAGGGCAUCGGCCAUGUCACCAGCCUCCUGCCUGACUCACAUGACCAGAACCAGAUCCAUGACCAGAACCAGAUGGAGAUAGAGAAAUAGAGAGGAGGAGAAAGGAGGGAAGGAGAAGAAAUGAUAAGCUCUCCUGAACAUGUAUCCCCCUCUCUCAGUAAGUUUGUGUGAACUGCCGGCGCCGGACGUCAUCCCAGUAGAUUGUUAUUGAACCACACACUAGUAUUUUAAUCCCCAUUUGUGUGUAUCUAAGUGUGUCUGUACUGUACUUUCCACAUCUGCCCUUCGUGCCAUGUAGAGAUGUGAAGCCCUAUUGAAACACUUGAUAUUUCUCAGUGGUGGAUUCUGGAACGAAUGCUUUGAUGAGUGUGGGUAGAGGCAAAGGUCGGUGUCUUAAAUCAAAGUCUGGUGACCUCGUCGAAGGCAGGCUAAGCUUUCAUCUAAUCUGCUGUGGGUUGCUUGAAGGAACCAUUCCCGUCCCUCUCUUGGUCAUUUCAUAACAGAUACAAUAGAUCAAAUGCCUGCUCUCCCUGUUUUACUAUACUGGACAAUGUGGAACGUACUCAGCAUACCCAUCCGUUGGAGGUUUAAAGGGAUAGUUGGCUUUUUAAAAGUAUUAGGACAUUGUCGACUUACCUAAGGCAGGAUUUCCCAAACUCGGUCCUGGGCCCCACUCCCCUUGGUGCAAGUUUUGGUUUUUGCCCUAGCAAUACAAUUAACCAACUCACCUUCAAGCUUUGAUCAUUUGAAUCAGCUGUGUAGUGUUAGGGCAAAAAACAAAGCGUGUACCCAGGGGCGGCCCCAGGACCUGAGUUUGGGAAACCCUGACCUAAGGCGUUGUCGUUUUUAAGUUUGUUAGCUUGUUAUUUACCAACAUCCAGAAUGGCUAGCAUGUAGCAAUGCUAGUGUAAACAGGUUGUAUCAGUUAGCAUUGCUUUCAAAAGCAUGAGCAAAGCAGGGGAGUUGACCAGUGGUGGUCCUGUCUGCAAAUUAAAGAGCUCUUUUACCAUGCUUUUGAAUGAAAGUUUCCUUAUUAUGUGGUUAACUCUGCACUUCAUUCGUCUUGGUUAGUAUUAAUGAAAAUUAGACUACGUGCUGCCCAUUUUGGUGGCACAAGUGGCACUAGCACCAACCGUAAAUGAUGCCAAGCUAAUUUUCCAAAUGUCAAAUUCAACUAAGUCUGUAGGGCAGCAGUAAUGUGUGAGGGUUGACAAUGAGCAGAGUCAAGACUCUUGGCGUAGUCAAAAGACUCUUGGAUUGCAAACCCGUUCUGAAAGAAAUGCAGGGGCAAGUAUUUUAAGUGAUGUAGCAACACAGCUUUUUUCUCAUGGUAGCGACACCGCUUUUGAAACCCUGUUAUGUUAACCCAAUUGAACCCAAUGCUACAGGUUAGCAAUGGGUAACCUACACAGGUUUAAACUAUUUAUACUGUGUCAUAGCUUCAGGCUCAUCUGUGUACAAGGGAGCUUCGUGCAGCUAGAUACCCAUGUGGAGUCUGCAUGCUUAAUAGGGACUUGUGAAAAUCUUGUCAGACAAAAUGGACUCCUAAAUUACAAAUAUUUCUUGAACUCUUGACUUUAUCCCUUAUCCUUCACGGGGUUGUGUGCAAUUAUAACUAAAGCAUUGAAUGUACUGUGCCUGAACUUCUAAAUACCAUAUUGAAGCACUAAAAUUGUAGUGGGAGUUGUCGAUUUUGCACUUGUAUUUUUUUUAGCUCCUGCAUGUUUGUGUGUAUGCCAGAUGUUACCGAAUCUAGUCCGGGAGAGCUUUAUAAGGUGUGCAGUAGUGAAACACGGGAUUCAAUUUAUCAUGGUGUUGAUGCAAAUUGAGGUCUUGGUGACCAGAUGUAUGCUGUUUAUUCAAGUAUCAGCUGAUCUUUACAGUAUCUUAAAUGUUUACUGUCAGAGGAAAUAUACAAAUUUAGUACAGAAAGCAUGCAGAGCACUUUUCUUUUAGAUGAUAUAUUACAAGUAUUAUUAGCUUCUAUUCGGUUGAGACAAGUGGCAGGUUUGCAGUAUGUGUAUGUAUGUAUUGCAUCAAGGUUGUGUAAAUAUUAAACAUGUUUUAUCAUGACAUCCAUAGAAACAUCAAAAGACAAUCUUUUUGCAUAUUUGUAUUGACUUUUUAAAAGCUGAACUUAUUUGGCUUGAUGGUCAACACCGAUUGUUCACAGAACACAUUUAAUGUGAAUUUUGCAGUUUAGCUGAUGGCAAAGUUUUUGAAAUGUCACUGGUUUAAAUGACUCAAUUGCCAUUAAUAAAAUGUGUUCACUCUUAUAAUGGCUUUCAUGAAUAGGCUAAACAUGUAUAAAUAGUUAAGGGUCUAUAUACUAUUCAUAUGACUAUUUCAUCAUUUACAUUGAAAUUAGGUAUUUCAAAUCAUUUAUAAAGGAUUAAAACGUAUUUAUAAUGGCUUAAUCAUGAAAGUUAUGUAUAACCCAAAAAAAUGCUGGUAAAAUUCUGUCUGGUCCAUGUGCAGGGCUGCCCAACCUUGUUCCUGGAGAGCUACCCUCUUGUAGGUUUUUCGCUCCAACCGCAGUUGUAAACUGACCCAAUUCAGCUUAUCAACCACCUAAUUGUUAUAAAUAGGAUGGGCUAGAUUAUGGUUGGCGCAAAAACCUACAGGACGCUACCUUUCCACGAACAACGUUGAGCAUCUCUUUAAGAUAUGAAGGUUUGGAAUGAGGAGGUGAUGUUGAGCAAUGCCGUUGAAGCUUGUGCAUUCAGCAUUAUUAGCACUUCAUAGCACAGCAUGCCAGGCUACAUACAGUACUUAAACACACAUACACAUAAUGUUCUACAAAAACAUUGGAAAAUAAACAUUGAUAGGAAAACUGAAAGUAACAACAUUACAUAGCUUCAAAUAUAGGUGGAACUACAGUGUCUUCAGAAAGUGUUCACACCCCUCAACCUUUUUCCACAUUGUUGUGUUACAGCUUGAAUUUCAAAUGGAUUAAAGCCGAUUUUGUGUCACGGGUCUACACACAAAUGAAUUAAAAAUGAAAAGCUGAAAUGUCUGAAAUGUAUUCAACCCCCUUUUUUUUUUGCUUAACAAGUCACAUUAGAUGCAUGGACUCACAAUGUGCAAUAGUGUUUAACAUGAUUUUUUGAAUGACUCUCAUCUCUGUACCCCAAAAAUACAAUCAUCUGCAAGGUACCUCAGUCGAGCAGUGAAUUUAAACACAGAUUCAACCACAAAGACCAGGGAGGAUUUCCAAUGCCUCACAAAGAAUGCCCAUGAUACUUGGUAACAUACAUUGAAUGUCCCUUUGCACAUGGUUAAGUUAUUGCACUUUGGAUGGUGUAUCAAUACACCCAGUCACUACAAAAGGUUCAGGCAUCCUUCCUAACUCAGUUGACGGAGAGGAAGGAAACUGCUCAGGGACUUCACCAUGAGGUCAAUGGUGACUUUAAAACAGUUAGAGUUUAAUGGCUGUGAUAGGUGAAACUGAGGAUGGUUCAACAACAUUAGUUCCUUCACAAUACUAACCUAAAGAAAGAAAUAUUCCAAAACAUGCAUCCUGUUUGCAAUAAGGCACUAAACUAAAACUGCAAAAAAUUGUGGCAAACAAAUUAACUUUAUGUCCUGAAUAUUGUUAGGUUUGAGGAAAAUCCAACACAACAUAUCACUGAGUACCACUCUUCAUAUUUUCAAGCAUGGUGGUGGCUGCAUCAUGUUAUGGGCAUGCUUGUCACCGGCAAAGACUAGGGAGUUUUUUUGGGAUAAAAUAAAACAGACUAGAGCUAAGUACAGGUAAAAUCCUAGAGGAAACCCUGGUUGAGUCUACUUUCCAACAGAUGCUGGGAGACAAAUUCACCUUUCAACACGACAAUAACCUAAAAUACAAGGCCAAAUAUACACUGGGGUUGCUUACCAAGAUGAUAUUGAAUGUCCCCGAGUGGCCUAGAAACAGUUGACUUAAAUCGGAUUCAAAAUCUAUGGCAAGAAUUGAUAAUGGCUGUCUAACAAUGAUCAACCAACUUGACAGUGCUUGAAGAUUUAAAAAAAAAAAUUAUAAUGUGCAAAUAUUGUACAACCCAGGUGUGUAAAGCUCUUAGAGAGAGAUUAAUCCAGAAAGACAUGUAAUGUAACAUGUAAUGACUCAGGGGUGUGAAUACUUGUUAAUUAGAUAUCUGUAUUUCAUUUUCAAUCCAUUUGCAAACAUUUCUAAACCAUGUUUUCAGUUUGUCAUUAUGGGCUAGUGUGUGUAGAUUGGUGAGAAAAUAAACUAAUUGAAUCCAUUUUGAAUUCAGGCUGUAACACAAAAUGUGGAAUAAGUCAAGUGGUAUGAAUACUUUCUGAAGGCACUGUACACCCACAGCAAGAUUGUUUGUGAUAACGGAAGAUAAAGGAAAAUAGUCAAAUACACAACCAAAGUUUUCAUAUACUGUAUCUUGUGUGGAUAUAAGCUUGCCAUGACGUAGAAAAAGCUUUACAUUUCCAACUGCCACAGUUACAAACCCUUACAAAAUGGAUUCUGCUCAGAAAAAUCACACGUCUACAAAAAAAAACACUGUUCAGAAGUCUCCAUUACAAAUGUUGCGCG